AUGUCGUUCUGCAAUAAAUGCAUGAAUCGCUUGUCCGUUGAGAUAAUAAAUUCUAGAAGCAUAUUCCACUGUGAAGAGUGCAACUAUAGAAAGGAAGUACCAGGCAUAUUUAGAACCCGAACCAAGCUCUCUCCAAAGAUUGAGUUGGUAGAGCAGGCCAAGCCAAACGAACUUCCAGAAAGGAAUACUCUCUGCCCAGAGUGCUCAUGUGAAACUGCCAAUUACUACCAGAUGCAAACAAGAAGUGCAGAUGAGCCAAUGACCAUAUUUAACACAUGUACACAGUGUAAGCACACAUGGAGAGAGUAG